AUGCGAGAUGCGCAGCCUACACCAGCGGAACACUCGAGCGGCCAAUUGAGUCCUGGCAGAAGGCAUAUACAGACACGAGCGAGCAACGGAAUGCGAUCAGCGCAAAUGCAGCCGUGGUGGAAUGCGAUCAGCGCAAAUGCAGCCGUGGUUCACUGGUUCAAGUCCGAUUUGCGUCUACACGAUAAUCGCGCGCUGCAAAUGGCGUAUAAUGCCGCUCGAGAACAUAAGAUCCCACUUAUUACACUUUACAUCCUUUCGCCCGAGGACUUGACGGCGCACUUAUCUAGUCCUGCGCGCGUGGAUUUGACGCUACGAACGUUGGAGCAGUUGAAGCGAGACCUGGGCGAGCUUGAUGUUCCUUUAUAUAUGGAGACACAGGCGCACCGCAAGGACAUCCCGCAACGCAUUAUAGAUCUUUGCCACAAGUGGGGCGCAAACCAUCUCUUCGCGAAUCUCGAAUACGAAGUCGACGAGCUUCGGCGCGAAGCGAAGCUGAUCCGCCUCUGUGCGGAGAACGGGGUCAGGUUUGAGACAGCUCAUGACACGUGCGUUGUGCCGCCGGGGCUUCUAUCUUCGCAACAAGGAAAGCAGUACGCAGUGUACAGUCCAUGGUUCAAGUCGUGGCUUGUCUUCCUGCAGGCUAAUCCCGAGUACCUGGAGGUUUCGGAGGAUCCGGCCUCAAAUCCAGGUGAUGCGAGGCGGUAUUUCAAGGAGUUAUUCGACUGCCCCGUACCAGAGGCGCCGGAUAAUAAAAGGUAUGACGACGCGGAGAAGGCGGACCGCAUACGCCGCGCUUAUCCGGCUGGUGAACAUGAGGCAUUACGGAGGCUUGAGGCUUUUCUGGAAGAGAAGGCGACUGCUUAUGAUGACGAAAGAAACUUUCUAUCUGGGGAGACAACUUCAGUGCUUAGUCCGUACUUUGCGUCGGGGGCAUUGAGCGCAAGAACUGCUGUUGCAAAGGCACGCAAAGCGAACGGCGACAGGAUCUCCCGCGGCGAACCUGGGUAUAUAUCGUGGAUCAGCGAAGUGGCCUGGCGAGACUUUUACAAGCACGUCCUGGUCCAUUGGCCAUUCAUUUGCAUGAACAAAUGCUUCAAACCCGAAUUCACAAACCUCGACUGGUCCUACGACGCCACACACUUCGAAGCCUGGACCCUCGGUAGAACAGGUUUCCCCAUCGUCGACGCCGCCAUGCGACAACUCAACACGUCCGCCUGGAUGCAUAACCGUUCUCGCAUGGUCGUCUCAUCAUUCCUCUCCAAGGACCUCCUUAUCGACUGGCGUCGCGGCGAGCGCUACUUCAUGGAACACCUUAUCGACGGGGACUUCGCAUCAAAUCACGGCGGAUGGGGCUUUGGCUCAAGCACCGGUGUAGACCCGCAGCCAUAUUUUCGGAUCUUCAACCCUAUUCGUCAGAGUGAGAGGUUUGAUCCUGAGGGCGAGUAUAUUCGGCGAUGGGUUCCGGAGUUGCGCGGAGUCGAGGGGAAAGCUAUCCAUGCGCCGUAUGAGAGGGGUGCUGGGGAUCUUGCGAGGGCGAAUGGGUAUCCUGAGCCCAUUGUCGAGCAUGCGGCUCAAAGGGAUGUUGCGUUGAGAAGAUACAAGGAUGCUGCGUCUAGGGGUUGA